ACAAGCCCAAGCUGAGUUCACCUUCCUGGCUUGGCUUGUAAUGUUUGCCGGAGGAAUUGAAGAGAAAAGGAAAUGUUUCGGAAAAAAACUGCAUAGGCAUAGAAAAUGGAAAUUGAGAAAGAAGUGAUACAACAGAAGAGGAAGCACAUGGUAAAAAAGCAACCGUUUUCCUGCAGCUAUAGCCUAUUGGUUUAAGGUUUUAUUUGUAGAAGUGAUAUUGAACGAGUCCCUCGCCUGUGUACUAUGCCGGGGUGCUACCAGCAAGUGUGGCUGAGUGCUGACAGAUUGAUUGUGCCUAUAAUGGGAAAGCUAAAGUUCAGUUUCUUCCCCUUUGUAUGCGUAUAAGCAAGCAGCGCAACAUGUCGCGGGGAAAAAUGACGGGGUGGCAGUCGAAGGGGAGGGUGAUCAGCGUUGUCUAUAGAGCGGUGACCUACGCUCUCACCCCUCUCAUCUUUCUGCACGUCAGUGUAAGGAGGCUUCGUGGCGUCGAGCACCCCACCAGGUGGACCGAACGCUUCGGCUACCCAUCUUCUCUUCGUCCAGAUGGACCCCUCCUCUGGUUCCAUGCCGUCUCCUUAGGUGAAGGGAUGGCUGUGCUUCCAGUAAUCAGGCACUGCGUCCACCACCACCCUCAUCUCAAUGUUCUCAUGACCACCACCACCACCUCCGCCUUUAAUGUCAUUAAAGACCGGCUUCCUGAGUGUGUGAUCUAUCAGUAUGCACCCCUUGACAUUCCCAUGGCUGUAGAACCCUUCCUUGAUUACUGGAAACCUGAUGCAGCAUUUUUUAUUGAAAGUGAACUUUGGCCAAAUCUUAUCCUGGCAACUUCUAGGAGAAGAGUUUCACUGGCAUUGUUGAAUGCCCGCAUGUCCAUCAAAUCCUUCAAAUUAUGGUCAAAUAUUGCCGUGAAGCCAUUAAUGUCAUCAAUAUUGUCAAGAUUUUCAUUGAUUUCACCAUUAAGCACAAAUGAAGCAAUCCAUUUCCAGCUGCUUGGAGCAUCACCAUUUAUCAUCAAUUUUGCUGGUGAUCUGAAAUAUGCAGUAGGAGAUUCUGAUAUUCCUAGCCAGCAGAAUGUGAACAUGGAAAAUCUAGAAUCAAGUCUUGCUUCUAGGAAGGUGUGGAUGGCUUCCUCUAUUCAUAAAGAUGAAGAAGCAGUUAUCUUAUGGAUACACAAAGAACUAGCAAAAACAUAUUCAAGCUUGCUCACAAUUAUUGUUCCUCGACAUCCCCAGCAAGGACAGCAGAUAACUGAAGCAGUGCAGAGGGAAGGGGUGAAUGUUGCAUUGAGGUCUCAAAGCAAAGCUGUUCUUCCUAGUGCGAACUUUUAUGUGGUUGACACAUUAGGUGAAUUGAAAAGCUUGUAUAGGUUGAGCCCAAUUGCUGUGGUAGGAGGAUCAUUUAUCCAGGGAUUAUCUGGACACAAUAUGUGCGAAGCUGCUGCUGCUGGUUGUGCUGUUUUGACUGGCCCCCAUGUAGGGCAUUUCUCUCAAAUGGUACAGGAGAUGCAAAGGCUAGAGCCUCUUUCAGUACAACAGGUCGCAGGAAAAAUUGAACUGCUGGACCACUUGAGAAAGCUCCUUAGCGAUGCCAAAACCUUAGAGGACCACCGAAUCGCUGCCAAGAAAGCAGCUUUUGGUUUGUCACGCGGAGUGGUCCAGAAUGUCUGGAACCUGAUUGAUAUACAUGUAUUGAAGAAACACGUUCAAGAACGUGAUAUGUAAUUCAUGGUGAAAAAAGUUAUGCACGAUGACUUGGAGAAAAUCCAUCCAGCACGAAGAAGCAUAGAAUACACAAGUUAAAAUGACCGUACUACUAGCUAUAUGUUAAAGAGGUGGCUAAGGUGGCCUUGUGGCCGCCAACGUUAAGAACUUGAGAUGUUUACUU